UGCCUUUGAUAUCAACAGCGGUAAGCGGAUACACCAAAAGUACGGCACAGCAACACCAAUGACCAGGACACUGAUCCGCUGAGUCACACGGCUUGGUGAGAUUGACAAAAUGCCACGAGGAGUGCAUUUUGGUGAUGCUGAGGGGAACAUAACUAUCCUGGACCUGGAUGAUGUUGAUGCAGACGUGAAUGAUGAUGAUGACAAUGCAUCUGACGGAUCGUAUCGACAGGAAAAUGAGGAUGAACAGUCAGUGGAAACUGCACUGAGCGAGUAUGUUGAUGAAGAUGAGAUGGAGGAAGCUGAAGCACAGCAGCUGGCUGUUGAUGACACAGUGAUCGACCUGGAUACAGGAGUGAACACAGCCGCUGCUGACAACAGAUUUCAACAGGAUACCGCCAGAGGAGCAGAUGACAGGGCCGAGGACAGUGGAGACAGGGAGGAGACAAUACCAGACGGGGGCUUGGAAGAUGAGGAGGACACCGCCGCAGACGUGGAAGCCAUGGAAGCCGUGGAACCCGUGAGGAACCCGUAAGCUCAAGGCUCCGGGAAAGGGUAACACGAACACACAACAAAUAUAGUGAGGCCGAUGGUUUUGCAACCAGCAUACACAGCAGAUCCUUUUUCACUGCAGGAUACACACGAGCAGUGAACCAGCUAUGCGGAAAGGAAUCGACAGUGAUGCUUGUUGCCAACGCCAUCGCAAACUAUAAUAACCUGGACGCCACACAAGCCACCAAACAGUAUGGAAUCAAGGAAGGAAUCCGCCGAUUUGGAAAGGCAGGAGUGGAUGCAGUACUGAAGGAACUAAAGCAACUGCAUGAUCGAAAUGUCGUGUCAGCCCUGGAUCCCAACAGGCUAACAGCAGAGAUAAAGGAGCAGGCGCUGCCAUAUCUGAUGUUCCUGAAGAGGAAGAGGGAUACAUCAAUCAAAGGGAGAGGGUGUGCAGACGGCUGAAGACAAAGAGAGUACAUCCGAAAAGAGGAUGCGACAUCACCAACAGUGUCAUUGUACGCGCUGGUGCUCUCAUGUGUCAUUGAUGCAAUAGAGUGUAGGGAUGUGGCAACCGUAGAUAUCCCAGGUGCUUUCCUACAAACACCCAUGCCAGAGGGCGAGGAUGUGUACAUACGGUUGGAUGGGACCAUGGCUGAAUUGCUCUGCCGGGUGGACCCUAGAAUGUACAGGAAGUAUCUGGUUUGCAAGAAUGGGAAGAAGACACUGUUCACCAAGGCUGAGAAGGCAAUAUAUGGCACCCUACGGGCGGCACUGCUGUUCUGGGAGAAACUAUACGGCCAGCUUGAGGAGUGGGGGUUUGAGUUGAAUCCCUACGAUCCAUGCACAGUGAACAAGAUGAUAAAUGGCAAGCAGUGCACAAUAGUAUGGCACGUCGAUGACCUGAAGAUAUCCCACAGUGACCCUGAUGUAGUAAGCGAGGUGAUACAGCAACUAAACAGUGAGUUUGGGAAGGAGUCCCCACUGACUGAAACACGUGGCAAAAUACACGAUUAUGUGGGGAUGACAAUUGAUUACAGUGAGGCCGGGAAAGUGAAAUUCAGUAUGUUUGACUAUCUCGAAGAGAUCAUACAGAAUCUUCCGGAUAACCUGCGGGGAAGUGCAGUUACCCCAGCAGCAGACCAUCUGUUCAAGGUCAAUGAGGAAGGGAUUAAGCUGGAUGAGGAGAGAGCCGACAAAUUCCACCAUUAUGUAGCCAAACUGCUGUUCAUGGCAAAGAGGGCACGACCAGAUAUACAGACGGCCGUUGCUUUCCUGUGUACACGCGUGUCAGCCCCAGAUGAAGAUGACUGGAGGAAGCUUGGCCGCGUGAUGCGAUACCUCUCAUCAAAGCCAUAUAUCCCACUCGUGUUGGGGUGGGACGGCAGUGGUCAUGUGUAUUGGCACGUGGAUGCUGCAUUUGCAGUCCAUAAUGAUAUGAAGAGUCACUCUGGAGGGGUGAUGACAUUCGGAAAUGGCGCUGCAAUCACCACAUGCACAAAGCAGAAACUGAAUACAAAGAGCUCGACUGAGGCGGAGGUCGUGGGUGUCGAUGACAACAUGACUUUUAUCCUGUGGGCCCGAUAUUUCCUGGAAGCUCAGAAUCAGCACGUGACCGACAACAUCAAGGAUGGAAAGAAGAAGGAAGGACAACCAAAUUUAGGAAGAACACAUGUCAUUUACCAGGACAAUGAGAGUGCAAUAAAGCUGGAGCGCAACGGUCAGCGAUCGAGCACCAAAAGGACCAAACACAUCAAUAUCAGAUAUUUUUUCAUCACCGAUCGAAUCAAGAAAGGGGAGGUAACCGUGGAGUACUGUCCGACCAAUGAUAUCAUUGCCGACUACUUCACCAAGCCUCUACAAGGGAGUAAGUUUCAAAAGUUCAGGAACACUAUCCAAGGAAUCAGCAAUGAGGACUGUAUUAAAUACAAGCAAGCUUAUUUUGCUGCAAAGCAAGCAAGAGCUGUGGAUGACUGUACUCAAUAAAUGCGUUGCGGCCAUAUACAGUAGAAUCCUACACGGCAAGCCGUGGGGAACCUACCCGCAUAAAACCGCAAAGAGGAGUGUGUUGAGGGACAGACGUUCGCGCGCGCAUCCACCAAUGGUCGGAUGUACAAAAUAAUCACAAACAGUGUGAGAAGUCACCAGGAUCCCAAGUGGUUCUGAGUUAUUCUCAUACUUUUAUAAUUUAUCUAGUCAAUAGGGUAAUUUACCAACUCUUUAAGACUUCAUGUCCGAUUCUCGUGAAACACCCGACAUCUCGUACAUUGAAUCAACAAUUUCCUGCCAAUAAUAGAACAGUGUCACGUAUGGUACGUACUACCAUACCACUUGUGGCGCCACGGGAGCUAAUACGAAAUACAGUAGUGACAAGAAUCUAUGAAGGCUACCGUAGUACGUUACUCGUUUUGUAAAUUUGUAACACUCGUACUUGCUCUCAAAAUAACUUCUAAUUCUUGGUACUUGAUCGGUAUUAAGACUAAGAUAUAUGACAGGAUGUGAUACUAUGCCAUAGCUAUAUUGGACUCGAUACCAGUAAAAAUGAGUGAGACUAAUAUGCUUCCAGAUACUUGAAGAUAGAAUACUGUAGUUAUAUUGGAAACUGCGUGUCCGGGUGUGAGUGAGGAACCAGUAGUUGGUCACCCUUGUUGCAUUUGUGCAAUGCUUUUWGAAGGGAUCCAUCUGCUCCUGGAAAUCAAUUAAAUCACUCAAUUCAAUGAACUACCUGGGGUGGUGCCUCAAGGAUUUGCCACUGUCGUUCAAMAGUCAAUAGAUGAUCGACAAAGUAUCAAUAGACAUUGCGCUGGGUUUCUGCUUAGAUACCACAUACUAUCCUGAUUCAUAGGCUUCUAACACAUAUUGUUUAUUGCAAAUUCCAAACACCAUCUGUAUCUUUCGACUUUCUACCUUCUGCCAAGUUCUAUGUCUUUCGAUUUCGCGAUCUCCGAAAAAAGUCCCGGUCGAAUAAGAGCUAUGGUGGCCGAUCGUCGGUGGCAAGAAGCAAAUCAAAAAUACUGCGAAGAYGAUUUAGUUGAUGAAAAAAUGAUUGCGUUGUGCCAAGAACAAAAAAGGCCGAAAYAGAAACGUAGUUUGCAACAGAGGUAAGAAACUGCGAGUAUGCCGUCCUACUAGGAUACAAACAAACUAGCCGCAACGAUGUUUGAUAGGCGUAUGGGUCCUUGCCAAGGAGAAGGAAUGGCCAGAAAUCGUCAAGUUGCUCCUCCGCAUUUUUUCGCUCAAGCAUGUUUCCUCGGAAAAUAUAUUGAAAAGUUACGUAAUGCUUUUGUCAAUCCUUCGUAAAUCAGACAGGGAUAACAGUUGUAACGUCAUCGGAAACGUUGCUUUUUCGAGACGGUGGCAUAUCAUUAUUCAUGAAACAUAGUGCGGUGACACCAACGCAUGAGUGUUGCUUAAGGUUACGUACCGGAUUGAAAUCCUCCAUUUGAGAAGAUAGUUCGUGAAUAUCCGUCGAAAAAUGAUUUUCAUUCGUGAGAUGACGACAGAGCUAURUAUGCACAUACAUCAAGAGGAGCGAAUGAAAUAAAAGUGCCUAUUUCCCUCCAUGGCACGUUGACCUGCACCUUUCCAUUUUGGGAACUCUACGAUCUUACUGCCCGGUCAACCAUCUAUAGUUGUGAGCGGUGUACAUUUUCAAAAAUUUAAUUCAGCUUUCAAGUCUUUUAUGUGAGRGGGAGUGGACGACGAUCUGCAUGACACAGACAAGUUUCUUGGCACUGAUGAUGUGAAAGAUCGAAAAUMAGUGAUUGUGUGGCCUCGAAGUCAGGCAAAAAAAGUGAAAUCAAAAUUAUUUAUUGGC